GGGUCUCCCAGUUCAGUCAAGCUGCGCGAAACGACCCUAUUCUGUCGCCGAAUUGACUAUACAUAUAACCGUUGCUGAAAAGCAUUCAACUAUACCGUUUGCUCAGAGUUAACGCCUGCGCACAUAGUAUUUAUUAGUGCAAUGAGGGCGCGGUUGUCACCGAUCAAUCUCGGCUGCAUUUGUAUGUAUGCAGUUCAUCCUAAAACUUUGUGAGCGUAGUGUGCUUUACAUUUCGCGCAAAAAGUGUUUUGAUACCUUAAUUCGAAGCGAACUGAAGUCAAAACAUUCAUCGAGAUGACGAUUAUCACAAAGGCCCUUACCGAGAAGAAGGCGGACAAAAAGGAACAAGCCUUGUUUGUUGAAGAGAAUGCAGCGGAAACUUCAAAGAGAGAUCCAGAGGCACAGCGCCAAACAUCUGAUGUAGGAGGUCACUUUUUUGUUUCGCGAAGAAGCAUACAUCACAUUCAUGUGACAGCGACAUUUUCACUGUUCCUUGUUGCAUUGAUGAUUCUAAUAAUUGGCGUAAUUGGAGGUUUAUAUAUAUACAGGCAAUAUGCGCGAAUACAAAUGCAUAGAUUCAGAACAGGAUGGUACAGCAUUCCAUACGAUAAUUCAAAUAAACCAUCUUAUGCUGAAAGUGCUGCCCAACAAGGUUUAAUGGCAGAUUUAGAUUUGUUUUUAAGAAGUUCAAUAAAAGAUUCACAGCAAGAAGCUACAAGUAUUGAAAAGAAUGUUGAUAGUGAUAUUAGUAGUUUCUUCAAGGAACAGUUUGAAUUUGAUUUGGAGAAUGAGCAUUAUGAGAAAAUUGAUGUGCCUGAUUUUCGUGGUGGUCGUCAAGGCAGAUUCAUACAUGAUUUUAACACUAACAAAACUGGAAUCAUUGAUGUUGAUGGUCAAUGCUGUUUUGUUAUGCCACUCAAUCGUCAAACAGUAUUACCUCCACGCAGUAUGUAUGAUCUUCUCAGGAAAAUAUACAAUGGCUAUUAUGAAGUAGAUACAGAAAUUGUGCGUGAAACAAUGAAAGUAGUAACACCACCAAUUACUGAUUUAUCAGUGGUUGGUACUUAUAUAGCCCGUGAAUGUCAGGAUUUACCAACAUACAUGUUAACAAAAGUGAAUUCAAAUGUUGUUAAACGUAGCAUAUCAAGUGGUGUAUUUGGACAGUUCGCAGGAAAAAAUAUUAUAGAGUUUGAUAUAUUGAAUUUAGAUGAUGUUGAAGCAUAUAACAAAAGUUCGAAAAAUUAAAUGGAAAGGAUUUAUUAUUA